AUGAAUGACCUGCUGAAGGUGCCGCUGGUGCACGUCCUCACCCUGGCAGCCCUCAGCUUGGCUGAGACACUUCUGAAAGCUCCUUUGAUCAGCACUCCUCUGGAAACAGUGGAUGCCCUGGUAGAAGAUGUUGCCAAGUUUGUCUGUGUAGUGGAGUCAUAUCCUGAACCAGAGAUUACAUGGACACGCAACAGCAUUCCCAUCAGGCUGUUUGACACACGGUACAGCAUCCAGAGGAAUGGGCAGCUGCUGACCAUCCUGAGUGUGGAGGACAGUGAUGAUGGGGUGUACUGCUGCACAGCAGAUAAUGGAGUUGGAGCAGCUGCACAGAGCUGUGGGGCUCUCCAGGUGAAAAUGAGACCCAAAAUAACUCGUCCACCUGUAAAUGUGGAAAUAAUAGAAGGAUUAAAGGCUGUUCUUCCAUGCACUACAAUGGGGAAUCCAAAACCUUCUGUUUCAUGGGUGAAAGGAGAAACAGUUGUAAAGGAGACUGCUCGCAUUGCUGUCCUCGAUUCUGGGAAUUUAAGGAUACACAAUGUUCAGAGAGAAGAUGCAGGACAGUAUCGUUGUGUAGCCAAGAACAGUUUGGGCACAGCCUAUUCGAAACCUGCAAAUGUGGUAGUGGAAGUGUUUGCCAGAAUCCUGAAGGCUCCUGAAUCCCAAAACAUCACCUUUGGAUCUGUGGUGACAUUGCGGUGCACAGCGACCGGCAUUCCAGUCCCUACUGUCACCUGGCUGGAAAAUGGGAAAGCUGUUUCUGUGGGGUCGAUAGCAGAAAGCGUCAAGGACAGAGUGGUUGAUUCCAGACUGCAAGUGUAUGUCACCCGACCUGGCCUGUUCACUUGUCUUGCCACAAACAAGCACAGCAAAACUUUUGGAGCCGCAAAAGCAGCAGCAACCAUCAGCAUUUCAGAAUGGAGCAAGCUGUACAAGGGUGACGCAGGCUACUGCAGCACAUACAGAGGUGAGGUGUGUAGUGCUAUCUUGGCGAAGAAUGCUCUUGUUUUCUUCAACUCCUCGUAUGCUGACCCAGAGGAGACCCAAGAGCUGCUUGUGCACACUGCCUGGACUGAACUGAAAAUGGUGAGUUCAUUCUGCCAACCGGCUGCUGAGUCUCUGCUGUGUAACUACAUCUUCCAGGAGUGCAAUCCCUCGGGAGCUGGGCCAGCUCCAAAGCCAGUGUGCAGAGAGAAUUGCCUUGCUGUAAAGGAUCUCUACUGCUUUAAGGAAUGGCUCUCAAUGGAGGAGAACUCUCAGAAGGGGAUUUACAAGCCAGGGCUGAUGCUGCUCACUCUUCCUGAAUGCAACAGGUUGCCCAGCCUGCACCAGAGUCCCAGCUCCUGUACCCGCAUCCCUUUCUUUGAUUUUAAGAAGGAGAACAUAACCACAUUGUUAUCACUGGGAACAAGAAAACCAAGUGGAGAGACUCUAAAUCUUCCCCCUCCUCCUCCUCCAUUUUCCCCUACAUACUCCAUGACUGUUAUCAUCUCGAUCAUCUCCAGCUUUGCCCUGGUCGUGAUCUUUGGCAUUAUCACCCUGGUUUGCUGCCGUCGUCGAAAACAGUGGAAAAACAAAAAAAGAGAGUCGGAGACACCAACUCUCACCACUCUGCCCUCCGAACUGCUCCUGGACCGGCUGCACCCCAACCCCAUGUACCAGCGCAUGCCUCUUCUCCUCAAUCCAAAAUUGCUUAGCCUGGAGUAUCCCAGGAACAAUAUUGAAUAUGUGAGAGAUAUUGGGGAGGGAGCAUUUGGGAGAGUCUUCCAGGCCAGGGCCCCAGGGCUGCUGCCUUAUGAACCUUUCACCAUGGUAGCAGUGAAAAUGCUGAAGGAGGAAGCAUCUGCAGACAUGCAGGCUGACUUUCAGAGGGAAGCAGCUCUCAUGGCAGAGUUUGACAAUCCGAACAUCGUCAAGCUUUUAGGCGUGUGUGCGGUUGGGAAGCCGAUGUGCCUGCUGUUCGAGUACAUGGCCUACGGGGACCUGAACGAGUACCUGCGUGACCGCUCGCCCCGCAACCUGUGCAGCCUGGCGCAGGGCAGCCUGGACACGCGGCUGCGCCUGCCGAACCCCCUGGCGCUCUGCUGCACCAGCCAGCUCUGCAUUGCCAAGCAGGUUGCUGCCGGCAUGGCCUACCUCUCCGAGCGCAAGUUCGUCCACCGGGAUUUGGCCACCAGAAACUGCCUGGUGGGGGAGAACAUGGUGGUGAAAAUUGCAGAUUUCGGUCUCUCAAGGAACAUGUAUUCUGCUGACUAUUACAAAGCAAACGAGAAUGAUGCCAUCCCCAUCCGCUGGAUGCCCCCUGAGUCCAUUUUCUACAACCGCUACACCACGGAGUCUGAUGUGUGGGCCUAUGGGGUGGUGCUGUGGGAGAUAUUCUCCUACGGCAUGCAGCCUUACUAUGGGAUGGCUCACGAAGAGGUCAUCUACUACGUGAGGGAUGGGAAUGUUCUUUCUUGCCCCGACAAUUGUCCUCUGGAGCUCUACAACCUGAUGCGCCUCUGCUGGAGCAAGUUGCCUGCCGACCGGCCAGGCUUUGCCAGCAUCCACCGCAUCUUGGAGCGCAUGUACGAGAGGGCCGUGGCCAACAUGUCUGUCUGA